AUGGGCUUCACAAUUGCGAAGCCUGCUUCCCCCGCAAUUGCGACUAAUAUAGCAAACUCUCCUCAUUUGGAUGCUAAGUUGUCUGACAUAUGCGUUGGCACCUCGGCUGCUCCAACUUUUUUUCCUCAAUUUUAUUUUGAGAAUGAUGAUGGUAAAGGAAAUCAGUAUAAAUUCAAUCUUAUUGAUGGUGCUGUUCUUGCUGUCAAUCCGGCCUUAAUUGCCCUAAGCACAGUAGCCAACAGUGCGGAGGCGGAUCCAUCAUUUGCCUCUAUCAAGCCAUUGGACUUCAAACAAAUUCUGCUGCUCUCAUUAGGGACUGGCACUACUGCAGAUUUUGCUGGGACAUACACAGCACAGGAGGCAGCUAAUUGGGGUCUUGUUUCCUGGCUAUUCAAUAAUAAUUCGAGUCCUCUUGGUGAAAUGCAAUCUGAAGCAAGUGCUAUCAUGAAUGCUUAUUACAUCGCCACCAUCUAUCGAGCCCUUGGUGCUGAAACGAAUUACCUCAGGAUUGAAGAAAAUGCAUUAAUAGGCACAACUAUCCAAUCAGAUGAUGCUUCAGAAGAUAAUAUGAAGUUACUGGUACAAGUUGGUGAAAACUUGUUGAAGAAACAAGCUUCCAAUGGGAAUUCUGAAACCAAUGAGGAAGCUCUAAAGAGGUUUGCAAAACUGCUCUCAGAAAGGAAGAAACUCCGAGCAAACAAAGCCUCUCAAUAA